AUGGAUAAGGCAUAUCCUGUGAGUACACCCAUGGUUGUACGAUCAUUAGAAAACAAUAAGGAUUCAUCCCGCCCAAGAGAAAAGGGAGAAAAACUUUUUGGUCCUAAAGUACCAUAUCUUAGUGCCAUUGGUGCACUAAUGUAUCUUGCGGAUUGUACACGUCCUGAUAUUGCAUUUUAUGUUAACCUUUUGGCAAGACAUAGUUCUGCUCCAACUCGAAGACAUUGGCCUGACUCAAAAGUGGAAUUAGUUGGUUAUGCAAAUGUUGGAUAUCGGUCUGAUCCCCACAAAUGUAGAUCUCAAACAGGUUAUGUAUUCACAUAUGGUGAUACCGCAAUAUCUUGGCGGUCUACAAAGCAGACUCUUGCAGCAACCUCUUCGAAUCAUGCUGAGUUAUUGGCACUACAUGAAACUAGUCGAGAAUGCGUGUGGCUAAGAACAUUGGUCCAUCAUAUUCGAGAAUCAUGUGGUCUUUCAGUUAAUAAAGAAACUCCUACUAUUCUCUUCGAGGAUAAUGAAGCAUGUAUCACUCAGACCAAGGAAGGCUACAUUAAAGGUGAUCGGACAAAGCACAUUGACCAAAAAAAUUUCUUCACUUAUGAGCUUCAAUAG